CCACAAUCAAGAAAUCUUUAUGAAAUGUAUUUCUUAAUUUUUUUUUUCUCUGCUUUUCAAUGACUUCCUGUGGUGAAUAAAGGUACAGAAAGUGCUGCGUUAGAGGAAUAUAUUAUCAUUGGCUUUCAGGAUGGCGUUGACAUCGCUGUGUUUCGUGCUCUCCACUCUGAGCAUCACUCCGGACCGAUCCCAGUUCUUCCAGUACGACAGCAUCUCUCUGACCUGUGUGGCAAACUCCAGCGGCUGGACAGUAAAGAGGACAGUUUCCAGCAGUGCUGCUCAGGAAUGUCAGCACGGCUGGGCAAUCCCCGGCAAUUCCUCCUGCACCAUUGAGGACGCUUACCCAGAAGACUCCGGAGAGUAUUGGUGUGAAUCUCAGCAAGGAGAAUGCAGCGACAAAGUCAACAUCACUGUAACUGCCAAUAGUGUGAUCCUGGAGAGCCCACUGCAUCCUGUUGAAGAGGGAAAAAGCGUGACUCUUCGUUGUCUGUACAAGGAAAAAAAUGAUGAUAAAUCCACAUCAGAUUUCUGCGCUGAUUUCUACAAAGAUGAUGUUUUCAUUGGGUCAAAGAACCAAGGGAAGAUCACUCUUACAGCAAAAGAAGGUUUCUACAAGUGUCACCAUCCUUCUAGAGAAGCGUCGCCACAAAGCUGGUUGGCAGUGAGAGCUAAAGAUCAGCCGACAGAUGUUCCUCCUACUCCCCCUCCUGUCAUAUCUUGGCCCAGAAUAAUAUGUGGCACCGUGCUCUUCAUUCUCUACAACUUCAUCCUCAUCUUGUGUAUACACACAUACAGGAAAUGGGCUCAAGCUCGAGUCGAUGCAGAUGCUGAUCGUGUUGGAGAAAAGAGAAGACGAUGUGGAGGAAACAAGGAAAUCUAUGAAAAUUACUAGGAACCCUGUUUAUAAGCUGACCAGUAACGAAAAUGAGGUUAUCUAUCUGUUUAUCCCACCAUAAAUUCAUCCAUCUAUUGUCAUUUCUUUUAAAUCCAAUUCAAUUCAAUUUAUAUAGCACCCAUUCACAACACAUGUUGUCUCAAGGCACUUCACAAAAGUCAGGUACAUACAUUCCAAU